AACUGUGCCUGUGUGUGUGAUCUCUCAGACGCUCUGACACACACACACACACACACACACACACACACACACAGAGCAGUUCCAGGAGUUCCAGCAUGGCAGAUCUAUCAUACCGUACCAGUGAGGACACUUAGACGAGAGAGAGAGAGAGAGAGAGAGAAAGAGAAAGAGAGAGAGGGAGAGACGGAGAAAAGGACUGAUAGAGAGGGUGUGAGGGAGCGAUAGAGGAUGUGGGUCCAGGCGUCCGGCGUCUCCUGAGAGGACACCUCUGUGAGCACUGCUGCUGUGGGAUUGGCUGAUGGACCACGCCGCUUCUCUGGGCAUGCAGGGUAGGGAGAGCCGGGAGAGCGCCUGACCACCACAGCGCCGACACACACACAGCCACAAGGGCCAGCUGUGGCCCUCCUCCGGCUGCCAUCAGGGGCCUCUGUCUGUCCCCAUGAGUCCCAGAUGAGCGCCAUGGAGACGGACCGAGAGGAGAGAGAGGAGGCAGAGGAGGAGGAGAGGAGAGACCUGGAGACAGAGGAGACGGAUGGAGCGACAGACAUGGAGGAGAGAGAGGGAGAGAGAGAUGGAGAGAGGGAUGGUGAGAGUGACCCAGACGAGCGUCCCCCCAGCAGUCCGGACGAGCUGGAGUGUAAGAUCUGCUACCAACGCUACUCCAGCCACGGGCGCCGGCCCAAGCUGCUGGCCUGCCUACACCGCGUGUGUGCCCGCUGCCUGCGCCGCAUGCUGGACCUGGGCGCGUCCGGCGCGCUCGCCCCCUCCCCCGGCGGCCUGAGCCUCAGCCUGAGCGUCAGCUGCCCCUUCUGCCGACACCCCACGCCGCUGGGCCAGCUCUCAGUGGACGCGCUGCCCGACGACGCCAACCUGAUGGGCCGGCUGGAGCGCCGGCCCACGCGCACGUCCUGCGGCUCGGAGCCGCGCGAGGUCCUGCUCACACCCCACGGCCUGGCCUCGCUGGGCAGCCCUGACCACGAACACCAACACGACUCAUCUUGCUUCGUCAUCACCAUCCUGGAGGUGCAGCGUGACAGCCUCCCUAGUCGCCACGCCGACGGACUGUCCACGCACUCCUCGUCCUCAUCCAGCCUGGACUCGGCGUCUCUGGGCUCGGCAGGUGGCGGGGCGGAGCAGGAGCCGGACGACGCGCUGUCCAGGCUGUGCGUCCACGUGCGGCGCGUGCUGGUCUGGCUGCUGGGCUGCUUCUACUUCGGCUCGCUGCCGCUGGGCAUCUACCUGCUGGUCAUCCAGCGCGUGACGCUCGGCAUCGUCUGCGUCAGCCUGGUGCCCACCAGCCUGACCGUCUGCCUGGUCUACGGGUUCUGCCAGUGUCUGUGCCAGGGCCUCUGUGACUGUGUGCCCAGGACAUAGCUUCACAGCCUCAAUUGUGUGUGUGUGUCUGUGUGUGUAUGAGAAAGAGGAAGUGUCUGUGUGUGUCUGUGAGUCCUCUAAUUCUGGGCUCCAGACUAUGCAGCAACAGUCCCGAGGUAAAGACACACAAAGCAGGGACUAAGACCAGCUUUCACCUGACAACCAGCUGUUACCAGGACUACAGUCACCUGACAACCAGUUGUUACCAGGACUACAGUCACCUGACAACCAGUUGUUACGAGGACUACAGUCACCUGACAACCAGUUGUUACCAGGACUAGUCACCUGACAAUCAGUUGUUACCAGGACUACAAUCUGCUGACAACCAGCUGUUACCAGGACUACAGACACCUGACGACCAGCUGUUACCAGGACAACAGUCACCUGACACCUAGCUGUUACCAGGAUUAGUCACCGGACAAUCAUCUGUUACCAGGACUACAGUCAACUGACGACCAGCUGUUACCAGGACUACAGUCACUUUGAGUCUCCAGCAUGAGUUUGUGUUUAAGGUGCCCGGUGUCUGUGUUUGUUUUGAUUUGUUUGUUGCCGGGGUGACGUACCUGCUCUGUUUCCUGUAAUCUGUGUUGCUACCAUAAGCACCUGUUGCUAGUGCUAAGCUAUAGCCAACAGCACGGCCCCUAUAGCGGCUGACGCAGUCUGGAAUACUGAUAAACAGUCUGUGUGUCUGUGUGUGUGUGUGUGUGUGUGUGUAAGCAUGUCUGAAUGUGUAUGUAAGCAUGAA